CCAUUUUAUUUCUUUACCCUAUAGAUAACGGCCAAUUUGGAUGUGUUUUUAAGACGUUUCAAUGAAUUGCAAUAUUGGAUUGUAACGGAAAUUGUAUCCACAUCGAGUAUGAGCAAACGUGUCGGUUUGCUGAGAAAAUUUAUUAAGCUGGCAGCAUACUGCAAAGAAUAUCAAAAUUUAAAUGCAUUCUUUGCCAUUGUUAUGGGUUUAUCGAAUAUGGCGGUAUCACGUUUACAACAAACCUGGGAGAAAAUACCCUCCAAGUUUCGUAAACUGUAUCAAGAAUUUGAGGCUCUCAUCGAUCCAAGUCGCAAUCAUCGAGCCUAUCGUGUAUUUGUGGGUAAAUUACAACCACCUCUGAUACCUUUUAUGCCGCUAUUGCUCAAGGAUAUGACCUUUGCCCAUGAGGGCAAUAAAACCAGUUUAGAUGGUUUGGUAAAUUUCGAAAAAAUGCACAUGAUGGCUCAAACAAUGCGUACUUUAAGAUUUUGUCGUUCUAGAAGUUUGGGACUUGAACCACCUUCACCCAAAAGUGAGGGCGAAGUACGUUCAUUUAUUAGCUGUCUACGUGUUAUAGACAAUCAACGGGUUUUAACCGCCAUGUCUCAAAAAAUCGAACCAAAUCGUAAAAUCUAAGUUUUUCAAACAAACAAUAAAAUCUCUUAUUAUAUAAAAAAAAUAUAUAUUUCUUUUAAAAUAUUUAUUAGAAAAUAUUAAAAAAAAACAUAUUUAAACAAAAUCUAGCUUAAAGUUUUAAUAUAACGAAAUGUGUUUUUCUAUUAAAAAAUAUUGUAUUUUGUUCAUUAGUCAUUUAGUCAAGAUUUAAAAACAAAAAAAAUAUUAUUAAUAAAUUAAUAUGUAUUUUUAAUUAUUUAUAUGUGAUAAAAACAAAAUAAUGAUAAACUUUUUUCAAGACUUCUUAAAUGUUAAAUUCUCUUCUUUUCGGAAGAGGGAGGAUAACUUGAAGGUGGAUCGAUAGCUAAGUUAAGGCUAUAAACUGGAACGUAGACCAGACAAUAAACUAACAUUUAGACUUGACUUUUUACUAGACUAUAGACUACACUAGAGACUAAACACUAGACUACGCAACGUUAUUCAUAGAUGAGUGUACAGACUGAUAUAAAGACGAGACUAUCGACGGACCGAUACUUAAUACUAUAGAAUAAAUACUAUAGACUAAUCUAUAAUCGAGACUAUAGACUGAUCAAUAGUUAAAACGAUAAAUUGAUUGAUAGCCAAUUCUAUAGAAUGAUCUAUAGUCAGACUAUAGAUUGAUCUAUAGUUGAUCUAUAGUCUCGACUCUAGACUGAUCUAUAGUACCGUUCUAUAGUCGAGACUAUAGACUGAUCUAUAGUCUAGUUCUAGACUAAAGACUGCUCGAUAGUCGAGACUAGACUGAUCGAUAGUCUAAACUGAUCUAUAGAUUAUAGACUGAUCUGUAGUCGAGACUAUAGAUUGAUCUAUCGUCGAUACUAUAGACUGUUCUAAAACUGGAUUAUAAAGACUGAUCUACAAUCGAGACUAUAGACAUGUCUUUAUCCGAGACUAUAGACCAAUCGGUAGUCGAGACUAGACUGACGGGCAGUCGAGAUUAGACUGAUCGAUAUUGGACACUAUAGACUGUUUUAAAACUGAUGUAUAGUCCAGACUAUAGACUAAUCUAUAGUCGAGACUGUAAACUGAACAAUAGUCUUUAACAGAGACUAUAGGCUUAUCAAUAGUCGAGACUAUAGACUAAUCUAUAGUAUGGAAUGAUUAAAAGUCGAAACGAUAGAUUGAUCGAUAGCCCAAGGUAUAGAACGAUCUAUUGUUGAGACUAUAGGUCAGUCUAUUCUAUUGUUACAAUUUUGGUACACUAUGAUUAUUCCUCAAAUUAAAAUAAGCUGUUUUGGUCCCCUUAGUGUCAUCACUGGUUGUCGCCCAGUUUUAAACGUCCCUGUUUUUCUCUUUUAAAGAUAAUCGAUAUGUAAUCUAAAUAA